GCGCGGGCGGGCGCUUUCCGUGGGAACAGGCUUCUACAGGAUUUAGCCGUCGGCACACACGCACACAAGCAGGGUUAAAGCCAGCGUUUAGACGCCUUUUAUUCUAAAAGGAUUGCAAUUCAGCCGCUAGAAAUGCGGAAAGCGUCCGCCGAAAGGUUCUUCCAAGGCACUGUGUUUGCCUUUUAUGGUUGAUGGACAACAGGUAGGCUACGUGCCACCAGCUGUAGCCAAGUGUCUCCAUCAGUACCCAACUGUUUUCUCAGUGUCUCAGGGAGAUGCAACACCUCCACAGCUGGAGCUUAACAAACAACUGACGUCUCAUGGCCAAAGAACAGCUGCUGUACAAAGGGUGCUCAAGGAACUGAAAGCACAGCAAGCUUUUCCUUGUUUAAAAGGAUGGAGGAAUGAGAUGUACAAUGUAAUGCCCUAUUUUUGUGACACACCUUUCUUCAGCAUGGAGCGUGCCGCAACACCACUACUAGGAGUAAAGCGUUAUGGUGCCCAUCUGAAUGGGUAUACUUGGCAAAAUGGUGAAAUGCACAUGUGGCUGGCUCGUAGGGCCCUGAACAAACCCACAUAUCCUGGCUUAUUGGAUAAUUUGGCUGCAGGUGGCAUUUCAUCAGAGCUGGGUAUCAGAGAGACACUAAUAAAAGAAUGCCAAGAAGAGGCUUGCAUUCCUGCUUCACUUGCUACACUAUCCAAAGCUGUUGGAACUAUCAGCUACACAUAUGAAGGAUCAGAUGGGGGUAUCUAUCCCGAAUGCCAGUUUGUAUUUGACCUGGAGCUGCCUGAAGAAUUUAUGCCCCAAGUGGGAGAUGGAGAAGUGCAGGAAUUCUACCUUUGGUCACUUGAUAAGGUGAGAGAGGCCAUUGGAUCUUCAGAUUUCAAGCCCAACUGUGCAAUGGUAGCACUGGAUUUCCUAAUCAGACAUAGUUACAUUCAACCUGAUCAAGGUAGGUGUUCCUCAAGGUCAGCAAUGUAUGGUAAAAGUCAACAAAUAUGGGCUAGGGGAAGAGAGAAAGGGGCAGAUGACAAGGGUGGGGUUCCUUGUCGAUACACAUUUAAAGGACAGUGAGUACCAGCAUACAGUUUUCCUCU